GAAGUCGCUGGCUGGCGGAGCGGCCGCGGCUUGGUCCCGGGUCGGACGCGAAGGGCGCCCGCCGCCGUUGCCAUGGUGUUCUACUUCACGUCCAGCGUUGCCCCAGCUGCUUACACAAUUUAUAUGGGAAAAGAUAAAUAUGAAAAUGAAGACCUGAUCAAAUAUGGUUGGCCAGAAGAUGUCUGGUUUCAUGUGGACAAGCUGUCGUCGGCACACGUCUACCUCCGGCUGCACAAGGGGCAGGCGAUCGACGACGUCCCCAAGGAGGUCUUGAUAGACUGCGCGCACCUGGUGAAGGCCAACAGCAUCCAAGGCUGCAAGAUGAACCAUGUCAACGUGGUGUACACCUCCUGGAGCAACCUGAAGAAAACGGCGGACAUGGACGUGGGGCAGAUUGGGUUUCACCAGCAGAAGGACGUCAAGAUGCUGACAGUGGAGAAGAAAGUGAACGAGAUCCUGAACCGGCUGGAGAAGACCAAAGUGGAGCGCUUCCCAGACCUGGCUGCGGAGAAGGAGGCCCGGGACCGCGAGGAGCGGAAUGAGAAGAAGGCCCAGAUCCAGGAGAUGAAGCGGAAGGAGAAGGAGGAGAUGAGGAAGAAGAAGGAGCUGGAAGAGCUGAGAAGUUACUCUUCUUUGAUGAAGGCAGAGAACAUGUCCUCCAACCAGGAUGGCAAUGACUCGGACGACUUCAUGUGAGCCCCGGCACCCGGAAGACGAAGGUGGACGGGGACGUCCGGCCCCUUUGCCGCUGAUGCCCACGAACGAGCUGCCGGACUCGGGUGUCUCUGGACUCGUUUCCCUGUGGGCAGCGGCCCUGCGGGGAGCCACCUCCCUUUCUCUGGCCGGAGCAGCCCUGCGGGCUGGGGGGCCGCCGUUUCCAGCUCGGGUGUCUUGCUGGGGCAGGUGGGGUGGAGGCCGCUUCGGAACGGGCUGGUGCCGGAGAAGCUCAGGCUCCGCCUGGCGCCUCCCAGAGCAGGGCCGGCCCCGCUUGGCUGGCUGGCCGGCCGUGCUGCCGGAGCCGCUGCCGGCUGAGGACGCGCUCGUCUGGCCGUGCGGGGGCGCCGCUUGUCCUUUGCUGACUGGCGGCCCCCGCGUGGAGAGGCGGCCUCUCGGACGCUGCGGGACUUUGAGCUUUGCGCGCUGCAUUUCCGUGCUGUGGAUGCUGGCCUGGAGCCGGGGAGCAUCGCCCUGGGCGGGCCGUGCAGCGGUGGAGACUUCCGCCUGCCCGCCCGCCCCACGCCCUGCCCGCCCGCCUCGCCGUUCCAAUAAAGGAGUGUGAGCUUGGAUCGGA